CGAAACGAAACGAAAUAAAUUUUGUUUGUGUAAACAUGAACAUGAAGUUUCAAUUUGCGUUUACUUAAUAUCUACUUAUUUAUUACUUGUUUUGUUUUAGUCUGUGACCUAGUGUUGAAGAGGACAUGCUUAAUUAAAAACACAAAUCUAAUCAUUUCCGCUAGUUGGACAGUUGUGACUCCGCACCUUAUUAUUCAGUGACUGGUACUGUUGCUUUGCUUUUAUUUUGUGGUGUAGGAAUCCAAGAACUGACUACAAGAGGUAAAUCAGUAAUGAAAAAAUGUCAAACAAAAGGAAACCUGAGAACAUAGCAUUUUCAAUAAAUGUGACACCUGAUAAGAAGAAGAAAUUUGAAGAUGAUGGAAAAGGAUAUGUUGCUGUUCUGGCUCCAUUUAACCCUUUCCCAAAGAUUAGUUUUGAAAACAUUAAGCUUCAUACCACAUCUACACGUGAGGUGUACCUUGUUAAUCCUACAGAAAACACUCUUCAGAUUGAGCUAACCAAACUUCCUGAUGAAGCAAGAGGAUAUCAGUGGAGCGCUACACAUUUAGAACUACCUAGAGAAUCACAAGUCAAACUAGUUAUCUCAUGGACUCCUGCAGAAUAUGGCAGCUGGCAUGAUAAUGUAAAAAUUGUGAACAAGAAAACAAAAAAACCAUUGUCUGAGUUAAAACUUUCAUCUACUACUGAAGAACCUCCCAAGGUAUCAAAACGCAAUUUAAGAUCCCGAGGCGUUUUAACAAAAAAACAAAAUAUCUCAUCAAAGCAAGAAGUUGUGAAGAAACCUCCUGUAACCAAAACUAAAUCAGAAAACAAAGAAAAUGAAGUUACAUAUAUUGGUAAAUGUAAUAAACAAACAUUGAAGGAACCGUGUAUUCAAAAUGAAAAUGUAAUUAUCUUUGAAACGAAAAAGUUAAGCCAAAACAGAACAUUUACUCAAAUAGACAUUAGUGAAAAUGAUCCAGUUGAAAAAAUUCAUAGUGAGACAUAUAAACCAGGUGUUCAGGGCAAGACUGUGCUUACUCCUCAGCAUUUUAAUAUACCUCAACUUGGACCUUCCACUCCAAGGCGAGGUACAUAUGAAGUCAUUGAACCUGUUUCAUCAUCACGGAGAUCAACUUACUCUCUUAGAAAUAAACAAAUAUCUAAUCUCAUAGAUGUUGAAAAUGAGAAACGAGAAUUUGAAUUACUAGCAAGUCCAAGUAUCCACAACGAUAGUAUUGAGAAAGCAGCAUCCAAGCUUUUUAAUCAAGUGAAAGUAGAACAUGUGACUUAUGACGAAAAUGAAGAGUUCCAAGUGGGUGAAUCUGAUUGCAUUGCUACGACUUUUACUGUACAGCCUUCGAUGACUCUUAAUUACUUAGAUGCUCCUUCUUCCCUGAACAUUGCUUCUUCUCAUCAAUUACAGCUUUAUGAUCAAAUAGCAGACUGUAAGAAAGAAGGAAAAAGGUCAUUAGAAAGUGUGGCAAGUUCUGAAAAGUUUUUUGACAGUUUGGAAGAAAGAAAAUCUCUUGAGUUAUUUGGAAGAAAAUCAGGAAUAGAACAGGCUGAAGUGAAAACUGAAGAUAUAUUUGUGAAUUGGGAUGACGUUUAUGAUAUUGAUAAAUUUUCUGAAAUAUAUGAAAAACCUCACAAAAACACAUACUUGGAAACACCUCAAAACAAUGACUAUUCAAAUCCUGUAUCAAAAGACAUGACUCGGACCAAAGAUAGUUUAAUACACCUAGAUGAAGAGUUUGGAAGAUCUAAUGUCAGUAUCGUGUCAAGUUCUCCUGUUAGUACUCUUCAGAAGCUUUCCAAUAAUCUGAACAAAACAUAUACCUCUGCAAUGGUGAGGUCUACUUUAUCUACUUUAAAUUGUGUUGAAGCCCUUGAAAGUUAUGAACAAAAAUUUUCAAAUUUAGACAGUAACAGUUUUAGUAAUAGCAACAGUUCUAAAAACUUAAACUUAGGCCUAAACAUUAAUGGGCUGGAAGAAUUUGAGCAUAGACACAUGAAGAAACAAAUUGUAAGCUCUAAUUUUGACUUGAGUAGGAAAAACCUCCCAUUAAAUGAAACAGAAAGUGGUUUUAAACAAAAGACUGAGCAUGAAGAAGAUACUAUCAACUCUUUUUCAAUAGGUGCUGUACUUCCUGAUAAUAUGGAUUCUAACAUAUCAACUGACCUUAAAACUGCUGCAAAGUGGAUUAUCUCCCCCCCUCAAUUCAGCCACGAGAAAACUGAUGAGAAGAUAAAAACUGAAAAUGGUCCAAAGCUUAAGAUUUCAGCUUCUUUUACUCCUGCCAGAUGUAGGCCUACAAGAACGAAAUUGAGUUUACCUAAUUCAGUAUCAGAUACAGGUGAUAGUUAUCAACUGAAAGACAAAAGAAGCUUACUGAUAAAGUCUGCUACGUCUUUAAGUUCAGAUAAAAACUGCAAAACUGACAUUAAAAACCCUGAUAGCACUUCAAAGGAAGUCUUCCUCGUACCAUCAAGGAAAAACAAACGGAGUUCACUUGUGCAAAACAUGAAAGCAUCACCUCCAAAAAUAAUGAAGAUUUCUCAAGAUCUAAAGAUUAAACGGUUGUCAACACCCUCAUCUUCUAGAAAAUUACCAGUUAGCUCACUGACUGGGGAUAGGAAAAAUAAUCAAUCAGAGAAGCUCAGACCAUUAUCUCGGUCGGCCAUGUCAAUGAGGAAAAGAAACAGUUUAAAGGUUGCGGACUGGGUGCCUACUGUGAGGAAACUAAAGCUAGUAUCCACUAGUAGUCAGAGUGAGGAAGACAUUUCCACAUCUCCAGUUGACUUUACCACUCCAGAUCCUUAUCUAGCCGCCACCUCUCUCAACCCAUUUGCCAAGGGAGGUUUGUAUUUUAACAAUAAAUGGCUGAAAGAACAAGAAGUAGAGUUGAUUCAGUGGACUGACCGAAUGCUGAAACCUCCAAGUGAACUACAACUAGACAGAGACCAAACAGAACACAGCACUCUACACCGACUAAACGCUUUGCGAGCAACUGCAUUCAACAUUCUGACAUCGACUGAAGUGGCAACUGUGUUGAGCAAAGUCAAAAUAGCAGUGGACAGGAAUAUCAUCAGUAUACGCUCUGACAGACAGCUUCAUGCAGAUCUCGGUCUCCAAGAUAAGAUAAUCAGUUUGUUGAUGAACUACAACCCACUGUGGCUGAGAUUGAGCCUGGAGGUGGUGUAUCAGUGCAACAUCCAACUAAAGUGCCACUCUGACCAGACUGGUCUUCGUGACUUCAUCCGCAGAUAUGUACUCAAUGAUGAUUACCUUCGUCAGAAGCAUUCUCACCCCACUAUACCUUAUCUCAUGCUGCCUCAAUUCGAGGAUGAAAUGAAGAAGUUUACUGUUUACAAGUUCUUGGUGAUUGUAUACUUACUUGACUUGGUUAAAAGAAAAAAGCUGAUUCUUCACGACCCUUGUCUUUUCAAGAAAGAUUCAAAACUAAAGUCAAGCAAAGAAAUUCUACUUGAUUUCAAUAAGGAUUUUGUCGGCAAUGCAGGAGAUAUAACCAGGAUUCUCCGACUGAGAGGAUAUGAAGUGUCUCACUGCCAGACCUACAUUGACGAGUUUGAUUUUUCACUGAGCAGUAUAACAGACCUGAGAGAUGGGGUCAGAUUAACGAGACUUGCUGAGAACUUAGUCAGUGACAACUCUCUCUGUUCCAAGCUACGUGUUCCUGCUGUAUCUAAUUUACAAAAGAAGUAUAACGCUGAGGUUGCAUUUUCAGCACUGAAGAAAGCUGGAUAUGAUUUACCGUCGGAUGUGAUUCCCAAAGAUAUUUCUGAUGGUCACAUGGAAAAAACGCUUUCAUUUUUGUGGCAUUUGCGAAGUAUAUUCCAAAAGCGUGCAGUGGUACUGAUUGUAACCAAGUGGCUGGAAACAAAACAGCUGCGUAAGGACCGCAAGAAUUUCCUCAAAAUGAGGAGCUCUGCAAUCAAAAUACAGAGGUGGUAUAGGAACAUAAAGCGAGCUAAUGCACUAAGUGAUGAGGAAUUAAAGAUAGGACUGGAGACAAGAGAACGUUUUGUGCAGUUGAGAGCAGCAGCAGUUUGCCUUCAAAGGAUAUAUAGGAAGAAAAAAGAAAUAAGUGACAGGAAAAAGAAAUUUAAGGCUGCUACAACUAUUCAGAGAUGGUACAGAAACAAAAAAAAGGUAUUCAAAGAUAGGAGCAAUUACAUAGCAGCUAAAAAGGCAGCCACUACGAUAAAAAGAGCUUUUAGAAAUUACAAAUUAAAACAACUUGGAUCUGAGCAUGAAGAGAGACGUAACUUUUUGAAAAUCAGAGCAGCUUCUGUUAUUAUACAAAGACGAUUCAGAUUGAUUAAAUUUGGCUAUCAACAAAGACAGGAAUUUCUUGCUAUCAAAGCAGCAGCAAUCAAGAUUCAAAGACGUUAUAGGGCAAAUAAACUGGCCAGGAAAAUCAGAAAUACAUUUUUAAUCAUGAGGAGAUCAGCAAUCACAAUUCAGAGAAUAUUCAGAGCUUUUCUUAUUUCCAAAAAGCAAAGAGAUGAUUUUAAGAAGAAAAGAGCAGCUGCAAUUGUGAUUCAACAACAAUUCAGAGCCUACAAAUGUGCAAAGGUUCUAAAACAAGAAUAUCUUAAAAUGAAAACCGCAACUGUUUUCAUUCAAAGGAAGUAUCGAUCCUACUUGGUAGCAAAAAAACAAAGAAAGGAGUUUCAUGUACUUAAAGCAGCUGUAGUAAGUGUUCAAAGGAAAUUUAGAGAAAAAAUUGAAACUAAAAGGUGCAGAGAACAAUUUCUUUCUGUGAUAAAAGCUACUAGUGUUUUACAAAUGAGAUUCAGAGGCUAUUUACUUACAAAGCAUCAAAGAGAUCAAUUUCUCAAGCAGAAGAGAGCUGCAAUUAUACUCCAAAGAAGAUUUAGGGCAAACAAGCUCAUGGCUUAUCAAAAAAAUCAGUUUUUAGCAAUUAGGGCUGCAGCAGUCGUAAUUCAAAGAAAAAUCAGAGCCAACAAGCUGGCCCAAAUACAAAGGAGAAGUUUUCUCACAUUGAAAGCUGCAGUCAUCACAUUGCAAAGGAAAUUCAGAUCACAACUUUUGAUGAAAUGUCUUAAGAAAGAAUCUCUUGCAAGAAAAUCAGCUGCAAUCCUGAUACAAAGAUGGUAUAGAGCAAGCGUACUAGCUAGACACGAUAGGGAAUCAUUUUUGGCCUUGAAGUCGGCAGUUACAACAAUACAAAAAAAAUUCCGCAACCACCAGCUUGCUAACCAACAGAGACAAGUUUAUAUCAAAACAAAAUCUUCAGCAAUUGUAAUUCAAAGAAAGUACCGAGCAUACAGAUUAGCAAAACAGCAAAGAGAAGAAUUUGUUACACUUAAGAGAGCAACCAUUACAAUCCAGAGAUCAUACAGAAAUUUACAGAUUGCCAAGAAGCAACGUCAAAACUAUCGUUUAACCAAAACCACAAUAAUUAAAGUUCAAAGAAGGUUUAGGGCAAAUAAAGAAGCAAAACAAAAAAGAAACCAUUUCAUAAAAAUGAGGAGUGCUGCUGUUAAAAUACAGAGAAGGUUUAGAGCAUAUAUAAUAGCUAAACGUCAACGACAGGAGUUUAUUAAAUUGAAGACCGCUGUAAUAGUUAUCCAGAAAAACUUUAAAUCCAAAAGACUAACUGAAAACCUUAGAAAUGAAUUCCUUUCAAUGAAAGCAGCAACUCUUACAAUUCAAAGGAGGUUCAGGUCAAGGCGUCUUGCUAAACAACAAAGACAAGACUUUCUACAAAUGAAAACUGCAGCAAACAUAAUAAAAAAUAUAUAUUUAUCUAACAAAAAAGCAAAACUUGCAAGGAACCAGUUCUUAGCUGUUAAAAGUGCUACAAUUACUGUUCAGAGAAGGUUCAGAGCUUUUAUGCUUGCUAAACGUCAGAGACAGUAUUUUGGUGAACUGAAAACAUCAGUUGUAAACAUCCAAAGAAGAUUCAGGCUGAACAAAGAAACCAAAAUGCUACGAGAACAUUUCAUUGCUUUGAAAACUGCAACUGUCAAAAUCCAAAGGAAAUUUAGGCAACUGCGACUCAUGAGACAACAAAGACAAGAGUUUCUCACAUUGAAAGCAGCAGCUUUAUUUAUACAAAGAAAAUACCGAUGUCACAAACUAGUCAAACAUCAAAGAGAAGAAUUCAUGUCCAUUAAACUUGCAGCUAUAAAAAUCCAGAGAAGAUUUAGAUCCCUCCAACUUGCUAAGAAAGAAAGAAAACACUUUCUUCUGACUAAGGGUGCAGCAGUUAAAAUGCAAAAUAUAAUCAGAGCAAAAAAAGAAUCAAAAUUACAAAGAGAGUGUUUCCUUAAAGUCAAAAAUGCUGCUGUUACGAUUCAAAGAAGGUACAGGCUGCACCUGCUUGCUAAAACUGAAAGAAAUCGUUUCCUUGCAAUGAAGGCAAAUGCAAUCAAUAUUCAAAGAAGAUAUAGAAGUCUCAAAAUAGCAAAGAGCGACAGGAAAAACUUCCUUGCAAUUAGAAAUGCAGCUAUUAUAAUUCAGAUUCGAUUUAGAGCCUUUUUGAUUGCUAAACGUGUCAGACAAGAAUUUCUUCAAAUUAAAGCUGCUGCACUCAUCUUACAAAAAAAAUACAAGGCUGUAAAACAAGGUGAAUCCCAAAGAGAUAAUUUCCUUGCUAUGAGAUCUGCAACGCUAACAAUUCAAAGAAAGUUUCGAGCUUUGCUUGUUAUGAGACAUCAACGACAAGAAUUUGUUGCUUUGAAGAAUGCAACAAUUGCCCUCCAAAGACUUUUUAGGGCUAGGAAUUUGGCAAAAUCUCAUAGACACCAUUUCAUAAUGCUGAAAGAGACAACAAUCAAUAUUCAACGAAGAUUUAGAGAAAGAAGAAUGUUAAGAUCCUUGAUUGACAACUCUGUCGGUGCCAGGGAAUAUUCAGCAGCCAUAAAGAUACAGGCUUUGUGGCGAGGAUACCUAGUAAGAAAAGCCAUUACUAUACCACAACCAACCCAACCGAAACCUUCAGUUGCUGACGCAUCAGUUGAUAAAAGUCAGACCAUCUCCACUCGGGGUCAACGAUAUUUGAGAUUCCUAUCAAAUCACCGCAAGUAUUCUGUUGCCGAACUUCAAAACACAUUGUUUAAUAUUGAUAAAAUCACUGUACUGUCUGCUGACCAGUGUGAAUACUUUGUGAAGAAUGGAGCAGUUAAAAUCCUAUAUGACAUUCUGGAGCAUCAGACAAACAGAGCCUUUGGUGUAGAUACUUGUGUAGAACUUAUAUUAUCCAUUCUUCUUAAUUUGUACCGAGCUCCUGUCACUGCAGAGGUCGUUUGGAAGGAAACUAAAGAAGUUAAUGGGAUAUUCCAUGUUUUUGAUUUGAUGAUGCGUUUUAAGACAGAAAAGACGUCCACUGUAUUCUGCAAAGCAUGUACUGUGAUUUGGCUGUUUGCUCAGGAUCCUACAAAAGCUAAAGUGAUAAUGAACACUCCCAAAGUUCAAGACACGUACAAAUAUAUUGUCAAAAGUAUGAAGAAAAAUGACAAACUGGGUCCAUCAAGUUUUAAAAAAUCUGAACAAUCACGUUCAUCUAACAAGAAAUCUGCUACAGCUUGUCGAAAGAAGCUACCAGCUCUUCGCUUCAACUGGGGAAACUAUUUUGAUGAUCAUAGAGCCUUUGAUGAUAAACUAUUUGCUCUGAACGCUAUAAAUGACCAACUAUGUAGAUUCCUGAAAUUAUAGCACACUAUCUCCUGUCUAUGAAGAAUGUGAUGUCGUUUGGUGUACAUUUAAACUUCAAAAAAGUCAUAUUUAUAUUUAUGUAGAGUUAUGUAUUUUUGUCAUAAUAUUUAUCUGUUGCAUCUGCAUGUUAUUAAAUGCCAUUGCUUUUAACAAA